AUGGAUCGGGAGAUACUGGAUCUCAUUGAGAAGGAGAAUUUUAAACGGUGCCAUGAAAAGAUAGGUACUUUAAGAAAACAGUAUCCGAAUAACUCAUACUUGAAAGUAUUGGAAACAUACGUGAAAUAUCGUCAAUCCCCCAAAAAAUUUGAUUAUGAAAGCUCAUUGGGUCAAAUUUAUGGACCAAAAGGCUCAACAAUUACCAGCGAUUUAUCAGCUUUGAACAUGCUUCAUACUUUUUUUUUUGAACUGGGCAAAUACGAUGAAGCUUUGCAAAUAUACGAACGAGCCAAUUUCAAGUAUCCUUCAUUCAAUUCAGCCUUGCAAUGGUUUGAAAAAUCUUUGGAGGACUCGAAUUUCAGGCACCUUAUUCGCGCCAGUCAAAAGAUGGGGAAGCUAUGCGUGGAUGGCGAUGUUUCGAAUCCGACUUCACGCGAUUACUCUUUCUGGUAUGCCCUUUCUAUAUUGGCCCUCUUCAAGUUUCAACGAGAUCAAGUCACUGAUCAAGAAGCAAGGUUAUUGCCUCAACUAGCAUACAGAACACUAUGCACAGCUAAACCUUUUCAGUCGACGCAAGAGGUUACCGUGUUUUGCCUGGUCUGUACGGAAUUGUUUCCCGGAGAUCUUUCGAAGUCGAAUGAAGUCGUUUCUGAAAUUAAGCCUCAUUUAGAUAAGUCACUGGAUUUGUAUUUGAAGAAUUUUCUGAUAAAACAUAUUCCGGAAGAUGAUUAUAAGACCAUGUUCGACGUGUGCCGUAGAAUUUUGGCCAAGAUUGACGACUAUGAGUUGAUAAUGCAGCUGUCACGUUCAGGAUAUCACUUGGGAAAGUCAAAAACAGAAAUAAUUGAGAUUAUCCACUCUUUAGUCGGUGAUUCCAGGAACAGUAGACUUUCAUAUUUGGAAAACGAUAAAAUUUUCGACGGAAGAAUAUCUGAGUCGUCAUUGUUACAUUAUCUAUCAAAAUAUCAUGAAAAACCGUGUUGUAUUGUCGACAUCAAACGCUACAUGCAGUCUGUCGAUAGUGACGCACUAAAAUCGGUAUUUGAUUCCUUGGAUAAUCAGAGUUUGAUUCAUGAUUCAAAUGCAUUUGAUUUACAUCUAACUGAAUCUGAUUCAGGACAUCUUUACAAUAAACACAAGGAAUCCUUAAAAUCGAAACCAACGACGGACUACUCAACAUGCUCCAAGUUUAUCUUGGAUAAAGUCCAAUCAAUACUAUUUAAGAAUCAAAAUGAACCAAUCUUGAAAGAUGUAUUACUUGCAGUUUCCCUACUUGAAAAUUACCAAAGAUUAGACCCACAUAAUUUUGAUACGGGGGUUUGCUUAAUAUCACUUUACAUGCAUUUGGGAUGCGUUCCUUUGGCUUUUUCGUUGUUUUUGGAGUUCAAAUCAAAAAACAUGCAAAUUGAUAGUUUCGAUUAUAUCAUGUUUUCGCGGUAUUCUACUUUAUUCCCUUCCAAGGACAGCGACUUCCUUAGAGGCUUAAAAGAUUCACAAGAUAGGUUUUAUCGGGCAUCUAUGGAGAGAUACUCUCAAUUCAUGAGACUGGCAUUGAAGAAAAAAGCUUAUAGUAAAAUACUUGGACUGAUCGAAUUUAGAGACAGAUUACAGAGAUCAAGCAUGAAAUGGAUGAUGUCAUAUGAAAGACUUCAAUUAGCAAGAUUGUGUAAUGACAAAAAAAGCGAUCUACUUCAUACCCUGCACGAUGACUUCAGGUAUUUGGAGGCCGGAGGAAGUUUAAAGUUCUCAGACAAUAGAGAUUGGACAUUAUUCGGCUCUAACGUCACAAAGGAUAACCUACCAUCAACACUUGAUUAUUUGAAUAUCAAUGAACAGACUAUAGCACUCAACUGUAUUAAAGAACUCAUGAUAGAAGCAAUUCCAACAAAGCAAGUGAAUGACGAAUUUAUUGAUAGACUUCUAACGGAAACAUUGAGUGGAAAAGAACUCCAAACUGCUUUAGAACAAUCAUUUGAUGAGAUAGACAUGUGGUCUUUCAAUGUCUUUUACGAUCUGUACAAAACAGAUGGUUCAAAGCUAACUAGCCAUCUUCGUGAUAUAAAAACGGAAACUGAGUUGAGCACUUGCUGGAAAUUGUCGCACGUUUAUUUAACUCAAAUACAAACCCUAAAAACUCUCGACAACUUCAAGAGAAUUAAAGAUAAUGAAGCUAAAAAAUUAAUCAAAACAAAACUAAGCGAUCUAAGAUACAACUGCGAUGAUUCAUAUGCUGUAUAUAUUUCACAAUUAUCUUCGGCUUGCGAGUCUCUUUCCAGAGGUGACAGUCAUGCUCUGCUAAAAUCAUUGGAUUUCACGCCUAUAAAACUUGAACCAAUCAAGAGCUCAAUACAAUCUGUCCAAAAAACUAUUCGGAACCUAUAA